ACCUACAAGAUGGCGAGGUCUCUGAAGACCGUACAUCAAGUCUGGCAAGAAUGGUCUGCCGGAAUUCAUGGUGGUCCCGCUGUGUGUAACCUCGAAGAAAGCCAUGGCUCGACCUGGCGCAGCACACCAGCAGACAAACGGUUUUUUUCUUUCGGAGAAAGAGAAUCAUCGAUCAUAUCAUAA